AUGGCCUACAUCAAUAUCGCCGAAUGGACUCCCGAACACGUCGUGGAGUGGGCACGCGGUGUGGAUAACCUCGUCUAUCCGUACAUCCACUGUUUUCUCAAGCACCGGAUCGACGGACACCGCUUGCUGACGCUCACCUGUGAGGACCUGGCACGGAUAGGCAUCACGAAAAUCGGUCACCAAGAAACGAUCUUGGAAUCGGUCGCAAAUCUCCGUCAUCUCCACUACAACCUCGUCACGGAGAAUUUGCAGUCGUUGGCGCUGAGGGUCGGAUGCCAUGCGCGCAGUCUCCACAUUCAGAUUCAAAUUCUCACGAGACAAAGCGACCCACAACCAAAAAAUAUCAGCAAUGAAAUCCUCGCGGCUGCCUGCGAACUCAUCUCUGCGGUGAAGCAAUUCAUUUUCUGGAUCGACAGACCGCCCUUCAAAGGUCAGGAUCAGUACCUGAAGACUAGGAAAACGGUUCUCCAGCUGGCGUUGGAGCUUGCGUCCACGGCCCAAAGAGACCAUUUCGUUGCGAACCCACUGGAAUUGAUUAAGCAGAAAUGCUUGUGUCUCGCAGAAAUCAGUGAUUUCGUUGUGCAGGAGUACGCCGACUCGCUCAUAAUUCAACCCGCGUCCUUGGAAGUGGUGACGGCGAGGAAACCUCGACAGGAGGACGAUUGGGGAAUGCAGAUCACCACCAAGUACGGCGGGGUGCACAUCGUCGGGAAAGUCAGGUACCAAAGUCCCGUGCAAAUUUGCGCGAAAGUCGAAGAAGGUGACGAAAUAGUUCAAAUUAACCUGCAGACUGUCCUCGGAUGGACUCUCGAGCACAUGCUUAGCUUGCUGCAAAACCACAUCACGAACAUCAAGCUAACACUGAAGAAGCGACCGCGUCACUCGAACCUCUUCGGCCAGAUGGUUUAUCUGAAACCUCACAAGAUCCCCAUCAACCGAAUUUCGUACGAGAAGCAGCAGCUGGCCAUUACCGAGGAAGACGGGCUCCUGGAACCGGAGCCCACGAGUCCGCGGAUUCUGCGCGAAAUCGAAGCUGACGACGAUGCUUUUCUGCCCGAACCGUCGUCCGGUGGCGAAACGGAGAACGGUCAUAAUUUGGUUCUGCAGCUUCGAUCACAGGUUAAGCCCAAGAGACCCGUUCUACAACGACGCGCGACGGUCACCUGUGCGUCGCCGACAGUUUCCAAACCACCUGUUAGCUUCGAAGAUUUGGUCGACAGCAUCGAUAGCAACCGCCUCGGUCUCGCUAAGCCUAGGAAAAAUAUGUGCGUCAAGGAGCACGUGACGCGUAGCGUUUCGCAUGAUCUCCCCUCAAAAGUGAAACAAUUCCCUGCACAUCAUAAUCAUCAGCAGCAGCAUAAUCAUCAUUCUCAUCAGAUGCUGUCAGAAGCUUCUCAAGGUAGACGUUCCUUACCUACGCCGAAGGUUCAAACUGGAAGCGCUCCCUGUCGGAACAAAGAGGGAGCGCGUAAGCUGCCGGUUCCCGUCUCGCCGAGUCUUCCUUCGCCCCUGAAAAAAAUUUUCGCGAGUCGCUGUGUUUCGAGUGAGUCGCUGCUGCCCGCCGACCUACAAGGCUGGCUCUAUCUGCGGCCGAAGAGCUGCCCGAAGAAGUGGCACAAGCGAUGGGCAAUACUCAAGAACUCCUAUCUUUACCUGUUCAGGAGUCGACACGAAACGCGUGCGGCGUGCCUCGUUUUCCUCCCCGGCUUCUCGGUGGUGUCUGCCCCGGAAUGCGGUCCGACGAGGAAAUUCCCCUUCAAAUUGCAACAUCCGACGGUUUCGUUUUACCUCGCGGCCUCCGAGCAAGCCGACAUGCUCAAAUGGCUCGAGCUCCUGCUCAAACACGGUGGUCAGCAGCCGACCGACGGCGACAUUCAGCGGAAUUCAGUCAUGCCCGACCAAACCGUUUAUUUCUCAGAAAGUGAAGAAUCGAAUCCUGAGAGCGGCGAGGAGGAAACCGAAUCUCAGCGAGUGCCGCCUGUCGCUGCCGUUCCGCUUCCGCCCGCUCCAAUCGCGAUGCCGAGGGAGAAUCCCACGCCUAAACCUAGAACAAUAUUCCUUUCGUCGACGUUACCUCGGAAAUCUGCUAGCGAUAUCCCGAGCCGGGUCACUCCGGGAACGCCAACGAAACCCAUGCGGAAUCGGAAUUCGUCCCCUCAGUGCAUACCGCGGGACGUUUCGGGCACUCCGUCGCCGCCAUCGAAACGCGAUAUACCACCGAGACCACCCGCACCGGACAUUACCGAAGGAAUGUUCAAAAAAGCUCAACAGCAGCAAGCUGAAAGAAACAAGCUCAAGGGACGAUCAGAUGCGCUACCCACCACUAACUCACCACCUCCCCAUGCCCCGAUGACGCCGCCGGCUAUUCCUCCGAGAUGUGCGACCACUCAACAGAUAAAGGAGUUGUAUUUGCAACGGAAUUGGGGUAUCACCAAAAUGAACGACGAUUGUGAGAACAUUUAUGCAACUAAAAUCGAAGCAAUGGGUUCACCGCAUAUCUGCCAUAGGCCGUCGCCUCCGCCCCCACCAGCUAAUAAGCCGGACAUUCUGGCCGGUACCUACGACCACGACGACCGCCGUCAUUGA